CAACGCCGCCGCCUGGGCAGGUGCUGGUCAGCUCCCGCCCUCUGGCCUGGAGGAAGCCGAGGCUCCUCGAGAGGCGUUUCUGGGAAGGGCCCUGCCGGGGAAACGAGAGGACGCGGGGGCAACCGAGCCGGCAGCUGGCCAUGUAAACAAGCACAGCCCUCGCUGCGGGGCUCAGGCAGGCAAGCAACCUGCGUGCGCGGCGGAAGGCAGGCGGGCUCGCUCUCCCCUUGGCGGCCUCAUCUUCCUGUGGCAUGGAGUUGGUGAGCGGUGAACAACCUGUUGUUAUGAGAGACGACAACAAGCGAAGAAGGAGAAGGAUGAAGCCACACUGUACAGCAAGCAACUUGUCUUCAACUGAAUUGAUAUCCAUUGAGUUCAUUCUACCUACAAGCAACAUGCUAAUAGAUAUAGCCAGCAACUGUACAGUAGAGCAGAUGAAAGCACAAGUUUGGAUGCGAGCAAUAGAGAGGAACCAGACCUCGGAUUUCUACCAUAAAUUCACUCCAGAUCAAUUUGUUCUUCAGUACCAAAAGAAGGGACAGUGGUAUGAAAUUUAUGACAAGCAUCAAAUAAUACAGACCCUUGACUGUAUAUUGUAUUGGAAAGUGCUACAAAAGAAAGUGGGCAAAAUUCAUGUGAUCCAAAAGCAGAAGCCCACAGAGGACGUUCAGAAGUUUCAAAAGCAACUCAAUUAUUUGAUUGGCUAUGAUGUUACUGAUGUCAGUAAUGUGCAUGAUGACGAGCUGGAAUUUGCUCGACGCAGGUUAGUCACUCCACGGACAAUUGAAGUAACCUGCAGAGAUCCAAAAUUGUAUUCAAUGCACCCUUGGAUUACAUCCAAACCACUUCCAGACUACUUGCUUAGUAAAAUUGUCAAUAAUAAUAUUUUUAUAAAUAUACACAGAGGAACAACUAGCCAAAAGAUUAAAGUACCUAUUGAUGACAGUCCAGAUCUCAUCCUUCAGAGUUUUUUCACCAAAAUGGCAAAGAAGAAAUCUUUGAUGAAUAUUCCUGAAGAUUACAGUGAGCUGAACUUUGUUCUGAGGGUGAGUGGCAGGGAUGAGUAUAUUGUAGGAGACACACCUCUCAAAAACUUCCACUGGAUAAGGCAGUGCCUCAAGAAUGAGGAUGAAAUUCACCUGGUCCUGGAUGAUCCACCUGACCCAAACCAGGAUGAGGUACAAAAAGAGGAGUGGCCCUUAGUGGACGACUGCACUGGAGUGUCAGGAUACCAUGAACAGCUGACAAUAGAUGGCAAGGAUCACGAGAGAGUAUUCACUAUAUCAUUGUGGGAUUGCAACAGGAAAUUCAGGGUCAAAAUAAUUGGCAUUGAUAUCCCUGUGCUUCCAAGAAACGCAGACCUUACUGUAUUUGUUGAGGCUAAUAUUCAACAUGGGCAGCAGCUCCUUUCACAGAAAAGAACUACAGCUAAACCAUUUACUGAAGAAGUCCUGUGGAACACUUGGCUUGAGUUUGAUAUCAAGAUCAAAGACUUGCCCAAAGGGGCACUUCUGACCCUGCAGGUAUAUUGUGGCAAAGCGCCAGCUUCGGCUGCAAAGGCUAACCUCCAUUUGCAUGAUUCCCCAAGUUCUGACGCUAAAUGCAAAACCCAGCUUCUCUAUUAUGUAAACAUUUUGUUGAUAGACCACCGGUCCCUGCUCCGGACUGGUGACUACGUGCUUCAUAUGUGGAAAUUUCCAGGCAAAGGGGAAGAGCAGGGAAGUAUAAAUGCCGAUAAGCUUACUUCAGCCACAAAUCCAGAUAAAGACAAUUCCAUGGCUGUCUCCAUUGUCCUGGACAAAUACUGCCACCCCAUAGCCUUGCCCAAACACAAGAUAGCAUCUGAGCCACAAGCGGACAGGGCCAGAGCUGAAAUGCCCAACCAACUGCGCAAGCAGCUUGAAGAGAUCAUAGCCACGGACCUGCUUAAUCCACUUACCCCUGAAGACAAAGAGUUACUGUGGCAUUUCCGGUAUGAAAGUAUAAAGCACCCAAAGGCAUACCCUAAGCUGCUUAGCUCUGUGAAAUGGGGACAGCAAGAAAUAGUAGCUGAAACAUACCAAUUAUUAUCCAAGAGAGAUGCUUGGGACCAAAGCACUUUGGAUGUUGGAUUGACAAUGCAACUUUUAGACUGUAACUUUUCCGAUGAAAACGUGAGAGCGAUGGCGGUGCAAAAACUGGAGGGUUUAGAAGAUGAUGAUGUUCUUCAUUAUCUCUUGCAGCUAGUUCAGGCUGUGAAAUUUGAGCCUUAUCAUGACAGUGCAUUAGCCCGAUUUCUUCUAAAACGUGGCUUAAGGAACAAAAGAAUAGGACACUUUCUGUUUUGGUUUUUGAGAAGCGAGAUUGCACAAUCCAUGCACUAUCAGCAAAGGUUUGCUGUGAUCCUGGAAGCUUAUCUGAGAGGCUGUGGGAAAGCCAUGCUGCAAGACUUUAUGAAGCAGGUUCAAGUAACUGAGCUGUUGCAUAAAGUGACAAUGGACAUGAAGGCAGUUUCUGCGGAAAAGCAUGAUGUCACACCUCAAGUAAUCGCACAGCUCAAACAGAAACUUGAGAAACUACAGGACAGCAAGUUUCCCGAAUGCUUUAGAGUUCCAUAUGACCCUGGUCUGAAAGCAGGAGCGCUUGUGAUAGAAAGGUGUAAAGUAAUGGCAUCCAAGAAAAAACCGCUUUGGCUAGAAUUCAAAUGUGCAGAUCCUACUUCCUUAUCCAAUGAAACGAUUGGCAUCAUCUUCAAACAUGGAGAUGACCUGCGACAGGACAUGCUUAUUUUACAGAUACUUCGAAUCAUGGAGUCCAUCUGGGAGGAAGAAUCCUUGGAUUUAUGUCUGUUGCCAUAUGGGUGCAUUUCUACAGGAAAUAAAAUAGGAAUGAUUGAAAUUGUAAAGGAUGCCACAACGAUUGCCAAAAUCCAGCAAAGCACAGUUGGAAACACAGGAGCCUUUAAGGAUGAAAUAUUAAACCAGUGGCUAAAGGAUAAAUGUGUAAUUGAAGAAAAGUUUCAGGCAGCCGUGGAUAGAUUUGUGUACUCGUGUGCUGGUUACUGCGUGGCAACCUUUGUCCUUGGAAUAGGAGACAGGCACAAUGACAAUAUUAUGAUCACAGAGUCAGGCAAUCUAUUUCAUAUCGACUUCGGCCAUAUUCUUGGAAAUUACAAGAGCUUCCUUGGAAUUAAUAAGGAAAGAGUUCCUUUUGUAUUAACACCGGAUUUUCUGUUUCUCAUGGGAACCACUGGAAAGAAAACGAGUCCACGCUUUCAAAAUUUUCAGGAUAUCUGUGUGAAGGCUUACCUUGCUCUUCGGCAUCACACAAACCUUCUCAUCAUCCUGUUUUCCAUGAUGCUGAUGACUGGAAUGCCUCAGCUGACUAGCAAAGAAGAUAUUGAGUAUAUUCGCGAUGCACUGACGGUUGGCAAAAAUGAAGAAGAUGCUAAGAAGUAUUUCCUAGAUCAGAUCGAAAUAUGUAGGGAUAAAGGGUGGACUGUGCAGUUCAAUUGGUUUCUGCAUCUUGUGCUUGGAAUCAAACAAGGAGUGGAGAAACAUUCUGCCUAAUGGUGAAUAGAUGCACAAAUAACUAGAAAGUAACCUGCUGUUGCAAUCGGUUCUUAGCCUUUUAGGCCACCCCAGUUCCAGGGACUUUCCCCUGCCAAAAAUCCAACUCUCAUUAAAAAAGUACUUUUGUCGAGGUGUUGAUACUGCACAGUGGGUGAUUUAACAUACACAAAGCCUUGUUGAAAUGGCCUUCAUUCUCCCCCCUUAUUUGCCACAGGUGUUUUAAUAACCUAAUGUUAAAAUUUAGAUGGCACCACUGCUUUGCUGAUUGUUUUGUGUAGCUCCUGCAACAAGAUAGAAAGACCUUCUGGAAAUACUGGACCACAUGCAGAAUAAAUUUUAAAGUAAUUUUUCUCUUUUUAAGCCAUUUAAUUCUUAAGUAAACUAAUUUACAAAGUUACAGGUAGGUAGCUGUGUUGGUCUGAGUCGAAGCAAAAUAGAAAAAAAUUCCUUCAGUAGCACCUUAAAGACCAACUAAGUUUUAUUUUGGUAUGAGCUUUCAUGUUGGUCUUUAAGGUGCUACUGAAGGAUUUUUUUUCUAUUUUGCUGUAAUUUACAAAUAUUUUCUCUUGAGUGAGAUCAAAUGUAGUGUGAGCAGGUAUCCACUUGUGAACUUGGGGUUUCCUUCCUCCUCUUCCACCUGAAGGCCCCAAGCCUGCUCCAGGGGUUGGAGGAUCUUCCAGUUAAGAUUUGGAGAGAUGGAGGUGGGCAAAGAGAAGCUGGAAGUCUGCUCUCUGCUUUCAUAAUACUAGCAAAGGGACUCCAUUGUUUUAAGGGUAGGAAGUUGGAAGAGGAAACGUCAUAGCGGUGUCAUUCUAGGUCGAGAAAUCCUCUCUGUUGCUGGGAUGAAUAUUUCACACAAGAGGAAUCAUUCAUCCAUCUGGAAGCUGAAGUGCCACUGUCCGUGGAUUCCUCUGGUAGUUAAUCACAGAGUGUUUCAGAUAAUCCCUUUGAAGAAAGAAGAUGGAAGAGCAAAUUGCAGGAGCCAAUUUGCAUUGGUGGGGGACAGGGACUGCUAGGGUUGAUAGGUAGUAAAUAGCUGAUCCAUUCUUAAGUUACAGUACUGCGUGUGAAGUCUGUACCUAUUAUUACUCCUAUGAGUGGAAGGAGAAAAGCUCUGUAACAGUGAUUAUUUGUGCAAGAGAAGCACUGUUUGGAAAGGAAUUUUACGCAUCUAAAUUUCAUUCUCGGCAGUGUCGGUUAGGUUUCAAGUUUUCAACCUUUCUUCUGAAGUUUUCCCCCCUCCUUUUUUUAAAAGUGAGUUUUCAUUGCCUGGCACAGUGAUAUAUUUAUACUAAUUAAUAGUAAACUCAGUGAAAUAUUAACCUGUAUUUAAAAGCUUUAUAAUGGUGGUACUAGAAGAAACACUGUCCAAGAGCCUCUCCUUCGUUUACCAAAUGUUUUGACAAGCCAAAAGCUUAUUUAUUUUUCUCAGUGCCAGGUGUUUUAGUUUUCAAAUACAUACCACUGCCACAAUCCAGAACCACAAUGGUCAUACCCAGCUUAACAAACGAUAUAUAUAUUUUUAAUGGGCCAUUCACUUAUAUCUAGUACUGCACCACGAUCAAAACAGAAUAUAGAGAGACUAUAUAUUAAAUUUAACUAAUAAGGGUGGUAUUCAGAGUAGACGCACUAUAAUUAAUGAACUGAAGUUAGUUUUGUUCAUUACUUUUAAUGGGUCUACUCUGAGUAAAAAUUAGUUGAACACUACCCCUAGGUGUGUUAAGAUCUUCACUAGAAAGAUGGUGAGAAUUUUAUAAUUGAUUCUAGAACUGUAAAAUUACAAAAGCAUUGCUAAUGCAAAUGUUGUCUGAAUUGUGUUUAUAUAGCCAAAACAAAAAUGGCUUGAAAUUCUGGCUUCCAUGUGUUACGUAACAUAACAAUUAAUUGGUAUGUAACAGAGUAUGUAUGUUAAAUGUUAAAAAGCACAAUAGAUUUGGCUUAAUCUUUUUCUCGUCUACAUGAGUCACUUAACACAGUGACCCAGAUUAACAAAGUAAUUUGUUGUGACUCUUUAUUAAGAAAUUCUUUCUUUCCUUGUCUAUUAAAAUUGUUGUCUUAUGUUCAGUGAUUUCUUAUGUAUUAAGUAAUUUUGGCUGAAAUAGGAAAACCUUUUCUAACAAAGUUGCUUGUAUAUGUUUUAAAACUCAGUAUGUGUACUGUAGGCUUACAGUUUUAAAAACUGUGUCGUAAUUUUGAAAGGAUUUGUUUAUAUAUGAUUAAACAAUACUCAUACACCUA